AUGAGUAUACGGAACGCUACAACUAUCCACUCAUCAUCUCCAGAAGAUCCAUAUUGUCAUUCAGAAUGGCCCAGUCAUAAUAAUCCAACUCCCUAUGAUGUUUUCAAUUUAAAACCUUCAGAAUUUGAUACCAAAAUCUUGAGGAAAAAAUAUUUUGAAAUUGCUAAAAUUUAUCAUCCAGAUAUUAGUUUAAAUAAAAAUUUAAUUAAUCAUAAAGGUGAUAAAUUAACUAAUGAUCAUAAAAAUGAAAGAUUUAAAAUUUUAACAAAUGCAUAUUCAAUUUUAAAAGAUGAUAAAAAAAGAGAAUUAUAUGAUCGAUUCAAAAUGGGUUGGAAUACACCUGAACCACCAACAUUAAGAAGAACAACUCAAUAUCAAAGACCUAGUGCAUAUGCAAAUCAAUAUCAUAAUCAAGCUUAUUGGAAUGCAUCUGGUUGGGAAGAUUAUGAAAAUUUAAGAAAUAUGAAUGAUCCUGCAUUAAGACCUGAAAAGAUGAAAAUUUUAGCUGCAAUAAUUACAUUUAUUAUAGUAACUACAACUAUUCAAGGAUGGAUGAUUUUAAAUAAUGCGGAAAAGGCAAUGAUUCAAGUUCAAAAAAUUCAUGAUGAUACAGAAUUUGAAUUAGAUAAGGCUUAUAUGAAUUAUGGAUUAGAUCAAUCAAGAAUUUCAAGAUUAAGAAGAUUUUUAUGGUUUAGAACAUUUGGAUUAUAUAAGGAAAAAGAUCAAUUAGAUUCAAGUCAUAAAGAAAAUGAAGCAAUAUUGAAAAAAAUUGCAGGUGAUGAUUAUGAUGAACAUUAUGCAGUAUAA